AUGCCUCCUUUUUCGCGCAUCACCGCAUUCUUUUCUCAGCCCGCCACACGACACUGUCCAGGGGCAGAGUACGACGAAGUGCAGAGAUAUGCAAAUGAAGUCGCGGACCUUCGCCAAGAGUUUCUAAAGCUUCAACGGGAGGCUAUAGCACAUAAAUGGAGGUUAAAUGCAAACAAUAAAAAGCUCGAGGAGGCCGAAAUGAAGCUAGAAAAGUCAGUUAAUUAUUGCAAGUUUCUCAAUCUCCAGCUUGAAUCGAAAGAUCGAGAGUUGGCUCGUCUUCAGAAAACGGCCACAGCAUCUCUGAAAGCAGUCAAUGCUGCAAAAAAAUUCCAGGUCAGUGCCGAAGAACGGUAUCGUCGACAGACAGAGAUCUUGAACAAGAGGACGGCCGAACUUGAGGAAGCGGCGGACGAGAACAGCUCCCUUGCCUUUCAACAAAUGAUACUUACAAAGUGGACCGACUCUUUUGGCGACGACGAAAUCAAUCAAGUCAUGGGAAGUCUCAAUCAAGAGCUCGAAACAUGGGUGAAACACCAUUUUUAUCGCUAUACCUCUCACGGAGAUACGUUUCAUUGUGUUUAUGGACUUGUCAUAGACCAGAUAUUCCACGCUAUUUUGUCUCGAGCCAUGGUCGGCACCGCCGCUGAUCUUCAUCGCGACAUCUUCAGCGAUUAUUUCGUGUCGCUCGACAUAGAAGUCCAAAAGAAAUGCCCAUCGCAUGUCGCACAGCAUUGGCGUUCUGCACUUAGCAAGGCAGCGUUUUCAUUCGGCAAGGAACGUCUCGAAGCUGGCUGCUGUGGCUUGGUGAACCAUGUUCAAACUAGGUGUGGUCAUCUCUCCCCAACAAACCCCCAGAAACGCAGUGAAGAGUUGAGGUCUUUGAUUUGGAAAUUUGUGGAGUUCAAAGCCCGAUUGGAAUGCCAAGCCAACUUAUACGUCUUUUUAAUGGCUUUUCCUAACACGAGGUUUGUGGGAGAUCAAAUGGUCAGUUCUACAGGAGAUUACGGUGCUAGCACACUUGUAGAGUAUACCCUAGCGCCUGCUCUAUUCAAAAUUCCGUCAGGAAGUGCUGGAGGUUCUACAACUCUGGUGGUCAAGGCAAUCGUGAAAACGUGCCCGGCUUUCCAAGGGAUGAUUCUGAAUGGGGCCGGCGCCUCUGGGGACGAUGAAACAGACAGUUCUUCUUUAUGA